CAGUGUACGUGCGUCGUGCCUCUACUCUGCACCAGCCACUGUCUUAACCUUAUCUAACUUGCGUAAAGCAACAAGUUGUGUGCAUGCACGCUACAUACAGAUAUUGGUAUAGUAAUAUCGUACUAUCCUGUACAGUGAAGUGAACAAAGUUUGAAAAAGUGUCGUAAACGUUCAGAUUUUAAUACAGAUACAUGUGAAGUUCUAGCGCGGUAGUGAUUAUUGUUCAGAUGAGUCCGAUUCUGAUUCCAUAGAAGAACCAUGGAGCUGAGAGAGAAGGACGGAUGGAAAGGAGAACAGGAUGCGAGAAGAGGUUCAGUUUAUCCUUGUCCGGUAGAUUCUGUAGACAGCUCCCAGUCUCAAUAUAAACAGGACAAUCCAUUUAAAGCUGAGAAUAGUUUACAGCGAAGUUCUUCAAAAAAUCAGAUUGCUCCGUCCUUGGUCCAGCCGUUCAACAGACAAAGGAGCAGUAGGUCACAGGAUAGGGAUAUUAUAAGGAUGGAGAACCCCGUUCUUGCGUCCUACAAGACUGGAGCUGCUUCGUCCAAUCCGUCUAGCCUUGCAAGAACAGAUGGAGCACGAAGUUCCGGAUCUAAAAGUUACCUGGAAAACGGACGGGGACAUAGCUCUGAUCUAGAUUUACCGUCCUAUGAUAAACUUCAAGUGUUACAAGAUCUCCAUAGACCAGACUCAGUGAUAACUACCUCUAGUUUAGUGAGCAGUGAGGGCGGGGAACCUGGGUCUGCCCCACCUCCACCUCCCCCGGCCAAUGUAUACACAAUCAGUGGUUUGUACGGAGAAAAUGUUUCCCACAGUCCCUCUGAGGAACCCUGUAAAAGUUUAAAAACUCAUAAAAGAUCAACUUCCAGCUCUGCAACAUCAAUGAUACGAAAUCAAAUGACACAUAAACGUUCUCACUCUCACACGGUUGGAUACAAUCACAUGCGAACCCAUUCUGCCGGGUUUGUUCCAGGACACAAACGGACUGCUAGCGGAGCACUGGUUGACGUACUUGACAAACUGACUGGAGGCGCUAUUGAAGCCCAAACGACAUCGGAGCUUCUUCAGAAUAUUCAGAAGGAUAGAAGAAUGUCUCAUCCGGACGAAGAAGAACUUGAGGACGAUUUCUCGUCUCUCAUGGACUGUGGAUAUCUAGCCUGUAAACCUCAAUGUGCUCAACCUCUGGCCUCUAUUAAGGUAUUCGUCCUCCUACUGUCUAUGCUGGUUACCUUGCAGCAAGCUUUAUCUUCUGGAUAUUUAAACUCAGUAAUCACAACAAUAGAGAAGAGGUAUGAGAUACCGUCUUCAAUAUCUGGCAUUAUAGCUUCCUUUUACGAGAUUGGAAAUGUAGGAACUGUGAUAUUUGUCUCCUAUCUGGGCUCCAAGAGACAUAUACCAAUGUUUAUUGGUUGCGGUGUAAUUGUGAUGGGGAUAGGAUCAAUUGUUUUCUCCUUGCCCCACUUCAUAUCAGAUUCAUACAGCUUAUCCUUUGAUAAUUCGUCAGACGAGAAUAUUUGUCAUGUUUCUUAUAACUUCCAGCAGAAGAGCGUCCUGGAGCAGAUACAAGAAGGAGAACUAAACCAGCUCCUGGAGUCAGAUAAUCUCAAGGGUUUAUCAUCUCCACCUAUUGUCGGACACAACAAUCAGUUUACGAGGGAGAACAACUGUAUCCAGGAAACAUCUCAGUCUGCAGCAUUUCCCAUCUUUGUUUUUAUGAUUGCUCAAUUAUUCUUGGGUUGUGGAGGCUCACCUCUUCUCACCCUUGGUACAACAUACAUCGAUGAUCAUGUGCAGAGAGAUGCUGCUAGCGUGUACAUAGGUUUCAUGUACAGUACUGUUGCAUUUGGACCUGUAGUAGGGUUUCUGCUUGGAGCCUAUCUCCUUAGUUUCUUCGUCGAUACAUUUAAUGAAGACGUUGCCAAGCUCAAUAUAGACUCUAGUAGUAGACACUGGGUUGGAAUGUGGUGGGGAGGGUUUCUCAUCUGUGGAGCUCUUAUGCUUCUCAUCUCAAUACCGUUCUUUGCUUUUCCCAAGGAGUUGAAGCGGGAGAAGAGAAAGGUUUUCCUUCUGGAGAAGUAUAAUAAAUCCAACCUUGAGGAUAAGACCGUCAGGACUCCGGAGAAUGAUUCCGAGGUGAAGGAAGAGGGAACCUAUGGGAAGGAUCUAAAAGAUUUGCCAAGAUGUAUCUGGAAACUAAUCACUAACUGGGUCUACCUGGCGGCAUGUAUGGGUGCGUGCAUGGAGCUUGUCAUCGUCUCCGGAUUUGUCGUCUUCCUACCAAAGUAUCUUGAAACCCAGUUUAGCCUGAGCAAGUCUGAGGCGUCCUUGCUAACAGGAGGGACAGCUAUACCCGGAGCUUGCAUUGGGAUCUUCCUGGGUGGAUAUAUGCUCAAGAGGUUACAGCUUGGUCCUAGGGGAGCAAUACAGAUGACAAUAUUGUUUAACGUACUUUGUUUCUGUUUCUAUGGGAUGCUGUUCCUCUUGGGGUGCAGCAACGUUAACAUGGCAGGAGCAACAUCUCCGUAUAAUAUCAAUAGUACGGAGUUAUUUCAGGUGAAUCUGACAGAUUCUUGUAAUCUCGGAUGUUCCUGUGAUAUAAACGACGUGCAGCCGGUUUGUGGAGCCAACGGGUUGACCUACUUCUCACCCUGCCACGCUGGAUGCACCUCCCUCCUUUCCAAUGAUAAUUAUACAAACUGUGCAUGUGUUGGGGAAGACGAUCUUGGGUUUAAUCCAAGUCAUGGCUCCGGAGUUACGAGGGUUCCCAUAGCAACCUCCGGACCCUGUUAUGUAGAGUGCAAGAUGAUCUAUCCCUUCAUGAUUCUUCUAUUCUUUAUGACCCUCAUGGUUGCUAUUACUCAGAUGCCCCUGGUCAUGGUGACCCUGAGAAGUGUGCAGGAGGAGGAGAAAGCGUUCGCGCUGGGAAUACAGUUCGUUAUCUUCCGACUGUUUGGUUAUAUUCCUAGUCCGAUUAUGUUUGGUGCUGUUAUAGACUCUACCUGCCUACUCUGGAAGCAGACUUGUGAGGGAGCCGGGGGAAGGUGUCUACUCUAUGAUAUAGAACUCUUUAGAUACAAGUAUGUUGGGAUCUGUGCCGGGAUAAAAGCUCUUGCUUUUCUUAUCUUCGUGUUGACCUGGUGGCUGAUCAAGAAGAGGGAGGAGAAGGAGAAGCUGGAGGGAGGGAUCAACAUGGGAGAUAUUGUCGGGAGUAUUGCGUCCCUGGAUAAAGGAUAUGGAUUGGAUGGACCUGGAGCUGUGGAGGAUGUUGAAGAAGGGGAUUUAGGGAUUCAAGAGGAUUCAAGUUCUUCUCUGAGCCAAGUUCAAUCCCCAACCCACCAGCCUAUGAUCCCAGUACACAACAAAUCGGAUUAAAAAACUUGAGAUUAACCCUACUUCAAGAGUUGGAGUUUUAAUCUUCAGAGCUGAACCAAAAUUGUCGGUUAAUAUUCUUUACCGGAUUCAACAAUCGAUGCUGACCUUUUUAAUCAAUUUAUUCUAAACAUUUUCGGUUUAACUUUUAAAUUAUUUUCUUAGUCAAUUUAUGAUAUUUUUUCAAGUAUGGUUAUGAGCGUAUACAUUUUUAUAGAGUUGGAAAUCUCAUUCGUGUUUAACAAGCCUGAAACAUAUGUAACUGCCAACUCUGUAAAUAUUUAUCUUCUUUUCUCGUAUUCUUAUAUUUCUCAUGUAAUAGCAAGACCAUGACAUUUAAGCUAGAGCGGAGUAAAAUUUCGAAAUGCCAGACUUCGGUUUGGAAUUAGGCUAAACCAUACGAAUUCCGUUUACAGCAGACUCACCUAUAUUUAAAUAU